AUGCCUGUGAUGAAAGGGCUACUGGCCCCUCAGAACACUUUCUUGGAUACUAUAGCAACAAGGUUUGACGGGACCCACAGUAAUUUUGUCCUGGGGAAUGCCCAGGUACUGAACUUGUUCCCCAUAGUGUACUGCUCGGAUGGGUUCUGUGACCUGACCGGCUUUGCCCGUGCUGAGGUGAUGCAGAAGAGUUGUGCCUGUAAGUUCCUAUAUGGUCUAGAGACCAGUGAGCAGCUCAAAGUUCAGAUCCAGAAAGCCUUGGAUGAGAAGAGAGAGUUCAAAACUGAAAUUAUCCUGUACAGGAAGAGUGGUGAUUCCUUCUGGUGUCUCCUUGAUAUUGUCCCCAUCAAGAAUGAGAAAGGUGAAGUGGUUCUUUUCCUUGCUUCGCAUAAAGACAUCUCAAGGACCAAGAAUAUUCUGUCUCCAGGAAGCAGUAAACCAACAGAAGAGGACGACUUGGAAAUUCACACAGACACCAGGCCACCAGGGUUCAAUGCCAACCGCAGGAGGAGCAGAGCAGUACUUUAUCACCUGUCUGGGCACCUGCAGAAACAGGAUAAGAGCAAGCUGAAGCUGAACAAUAGUGUGUUUGGAGAGAAACCAACUAUCCCAGAGUACAAGGUGGCCGCAAUUCAGAAAUCACGAUUUAUUCUUCUGCAUUAUGGCACUUUCAAGGCUGGAUGGGACUGGCUCAUUCUUUUGGCUACCUUCUAUGUUGCGGUGACUGUUCCAUACAACGUGUGCUUCACCAUCCCACGUGAUGUCAAUUCCACUACCCGCAGCCCACCCAGUGUUAGCGACAUAUUUGUUGAGAUCUUAUUCAUGCUUGAUAUUCUAUUAAAUUUUCGAACAACGUAUGUGAGCAAGUCUGGCCAGGUGGUAUAUGACCCCAGAUCUAUCUGUGUGCACUAUGCAACUACAUGGUUCUUUGUGGACCUCAUUGCUGCCCUUCCCUUUGAUCUCCUCUAUGCAUUUAGUGUCAAUGUGUAUUUUGGGGUUCACCUAUUGAAGACUGUUCGUCUGCUCCGACUCCUUCGUUUGUUGCAGAAGCUCGACCGUUACUCACAAUACAGUGCUGUAGUGCUGACCCUACUAAUGUCCAUGUUUGCCCUGCUUGCUCACUGGAUGGCGUGUGUUUGGUACGUCAUAGGACAGAAAGAGAUUGAGGUUAAUGAGAUUGGUUGGCUACAUGAAUUAGCCAAGCGUCUUGGUGUGCCGUACAUCCCUGCAGACAAAUCUAACAGCACAGCAAACAGCAGUCAUGGAGGAAACCACACACUAGUAGAUGUAUUCAGUGGCCCCUCAAUCCGCAGUUCAUAUAUCACCUCCCUCUACUUUGCACUCAGUAGCCUCACCAGUGUAGGCUUCGGUAACGUCUCAGCUAACACUGAUGCAGAGAAGAUCUUUUCCAUUUGCACCAUGCUUAUUGGAGCUCUCAUGCAUGCAGUGGUGUUUGGAAAUGUCACAGCCAUCAUCCAGCGGAUGUACUCCCGCCGCUCUCUUUACCACACUCGCACCAAGGAUCUCAAGGAUUUUAUCCGUGUGCACCGCAUGCCCAAACCGCUCAAGCAAAGAAUGCUGGAGUGUUUCCAAACUACGUGGUCCGUCAACAAUGGCAUCGAUGCAAAUGAGCUUCUCCGUGAUUUCCCUGAUGAACUGCGAGCUGAUAUAGCCAUGCACCUUAACAAAGAGAUACUCCAGCUGCCAAUCUUUGAAUCUGCCAGUCGCGGGUGCCUGCGCUCCCUUUCGCUAAGUAUCAAGACCUCUUUCUGUGCCCCUGGAGAGUAUCUGAUACGGCAAGGAGAUGCCCUACAAGCCAUAUACUUUGUAUGCUCAGGAUCCAUGGAAGUGCUAAAAGAUAACACAGUGCUUGCUAUUCUAGGGAAGGGAGAUUUGAUUGGCUCAGACCAUCUCAAUAAGGAUCAAGUGAUCAAAACCAACGCCAACGUGAAAGCCUUAACCUAUUGUGAUCUGCAGUACAUUAGUCUUAAGGGCCUGCGAGAAGUUCUGGAGUUGUAUCCUGAGUACUCACAGAAAUUUAUCUUAGAAAUCCAGCAUGACCUGACCUACAAUCUCCGGGAGGGCAGCGAGACAGAUCUUGAAAAUGAGAGCAACGGAGGUCUCAUCCAGAAGCUACCUUCAAUUUUGGAAGAUGAUGAGUUUGAAGAUGAUGAACGUUGUCCCUUGCCAGUCAGCUCACGGGGAGUUAGUCCAGUUGAUACCUCCUUGAAACUGCCUAAAGCCUUCAGUUCCCCAAUGCUGUCUCCACUUACCCCAAGAGCCUUUAAAACUCCAACCAAGAGGGUUGAUAAGAGUUUUGGAGACCUUCUUAUCGGAAGUGGAAAAUUUGGAGCUGGAGACGGGAACAGACCAUGCAAACUUCAACUUCCUGCUUUGAGCAUUAGUGUCCCACCUGUUCUCAGCCCCAGGUUUGUGGAUGGUAUUGAGACAGACUGUAGCUCACCCAAUGCUCUAACGUUCGACUUUAAUAGCAAGCAAGAAAACUCAACUCAAUGUUCAAACUCAGAAAAUAUAGAAACGAGGAAAAGCAUUGUGAAGUUAAAUCAAGAGAUGACUGUUCUCUCUCAGCAAGUUACACAGCUCAGCAAAGAUCUAAACGAGAUGUUGCAACUACUGAAGCCUGUGCUACUCAACCAAGUCCAUACCCAGUCUCCAUCUGUUGGACUUCUUACCCCCAGUCUCAACAGCACCUGUAGCAACAGCAGUGGCAUCUGUAGUGCACCUCAGUCCCAAGGAACCAUGUCCAACAUGAUUGGACAAACCUGUUCUGGACAAACGACGCUGAAUGUUGGCGAGUCGGGAACAGCAUGGAUGGAGGCCUUUCCCCAAACAUCUUCAGCAACACAGCAAGCAGAGAACCCAGGAAGAAAGAAUGUCCACCCUGCUCUUUCCCUAGACUCAUUUCUUAGACAUUCAUGUCACCAUCACAUACAGCACCGAAGCUAUGGCCCUCCAACUGUGAAUCAAACACAGUCUCAAUGUCAGAGCCACUUAACUCACGUACAGCUCAACCACAGGAAUCAGGUACCCCAUAGUAACUCAUCCCCAAGUAUGACACAUCACCCCCUACUAAGCCAGCAGAGUGAAGUGCAGACAACUAGCCCUAGUUUCUCAUCAAACAGAUCCUUCUGCAACACCCAAGAUUUAGACCCCAUAAAGGACAGAGUGACAGACCUCUUAAAUUUAAUGACAAGGGACUAUAGAGAAACCUCUUCUCCUGCUGCCUUGGAACUAGUCCGUAGCUCAUCAGGAGACCCACAGGGUGACAUCAUACGAUUUAUUGAUGAUGAGGGUACAAAUGUGUAG